AUGAAUAGUAACGGACUAAAGCACUAUUAUCGCCAUCCGGGAUUAACGAAAUCGACAGAAGAGAACAUUCUGCGCAAAUUGGAGGAGAAUGUUUCUCCGGCUAUCACGGGAUUAGAAACAGAGAUUUGUUACAAUCUCGACUUGAUCUGCGAUUUUACCCCGGAAGAAACCGAAGUUGUGCGAUUUCUGCUCAGUGAAAGUUUUAAUCAGCAAGGCUUCGGUCCUGAAACCUUUUUGAAAAUAAAAUCUCCAAACGAUGUCCUGAUCGAAGUAGGACCUAGAAUAAACAUCGUAACUGCCUGGUGCACAAAUGCGCUUUCUAUUUUCCGAUCCAGCAACAUUUCGAGCGUCCGUCGCAUCGAAAUGAGUAAACGAUAUCUAAUCCAUUCCACGGAGCCCAUCUCUAUUGACGCUGCAAAGUCGAUUCUGCACGACGAAAUGACCGAGUCCAUCUACCACGCCCCUCUGGACUCCUUCGCCACGACGGCUCUCCCCGAAGAAGUCCAAGAAAUCGACGUUCUCCACGAAGGCGAGACGGCCAUCGAGCGCAUCAGCCGCGCGUGGUCGAUCGCCCUGUCCCCGAACGAGAUCGCUCUGAUCACUCGGAUCUUCCGCGACGAGCUUCGCCGCAACCCGACGGACGUGGAGCUAAUGGACUUCGUGCAGUCCAACAACGAGCACUGCCGCCACUUCCUCCUCAACGGCGCCGUCUCCAUCGACGGCCACGCGCAGCCCGAGACCAUGAUGCAGAUCCUCCGCUCCUGCUCCCACAUCGCUCGCUUCUCCUCCACGCUCGUCAGCUUCGGCAAGGACGGCUCCGCCAUCCGCGGCACGCUCUCCGAGACGCUCAACGCGCAGCGUCCCGACGAGCCUUCGCCCACCGUGCUCUCCUACCAGAACAAAAACCCCGUCGUCACCAUGACCACCCAUAACUUCCCCUCCGGCGUAACGCCCUUCCCGGGCGCCGAAACCGGCGUGGGCGGGCAGAUCCGCGAGGUGAUCUCCACGGGAAACGGCGCGAAAGUGAUGGGCGGAGCCGCGGGGUUCGUGGUGGGGAACCUGAACAUCCCCGGCCUGCACCAGCCCUGGGAGGGCGAGGAAUCCUAUCCCAGUGCGCACGUGGAGGGCGUUUCACGCGUAGAACUCUAUUCGAAGCCGCUCACGGUGCUGCUGGACGCGUCCGCGGGAGCGGCGGACUACGCGAACAAGUUCGGAGAGCCGAUCAUCGCGGGAAUCACGCGGAGCUUCGGGCAGAUUCUCCCGAACGGGACGCGGAGCGAAUACAUCAAGCCGCUGGUGAUGAGCAACGGGUUCGGGUGCUGCUACGACAGCAUCCACGUGGACGAGAAGGCGGAGAACAAGCUGGUCAUCGCCAAGAUCGGCGGUCCGGCGUUCCGCAUGGGUCUCAAAGGAGGCGCGCUGUCGUCCAAGCAGCAGGAAACGCAGCGCGUGAAGAAGCAUCGCUCCACCACGUCCUCGCAGUCCGUUCAUCUCGCGCGGGAACCGCUCACCCCGCGGGACGGCGACGCGGAGUCGAAGCAGCCGGGCGAGGCGAACGUGGACUUCGAGGGCGUGCAGCGCGGCGACGCGGAGAUGGGGAACAAACUGUGCCGCGUGAUCUCGACGUGCGUGUCGAUGGGCCAAGAAAACCCGAUCGUGAACAUUUUCAAUCAGGGAGCGGGAGGAAACAGCCACAUCAUGAAGAUGAUCGUCGAGUGCGGCGAAGCCGGGAGUGGAAACGUGGAUCUGGAUAAGAUCGUGCUGGGCGAUGAGAGUCUGUCGGCGCGCGAGAUUUGGGGCGCAGAAUACCAAGAGAACGUGUGCGUGUUGGUGAAGAAAGAGAAGAUCCCGCUGCUCGAAGAGAUCUGCGCGCGCGAACGAAUCUAUUGCAUGGUGAUCGGGCAAGUGACGAGUUGGCUUCGCGGCGGAGUGGUGAAUUCAAUAGACUCGGGACGCAUCGUGGUGCAUUCCAACGGCGAGCAAGUCGUCGACCUCCCCGUGGACACGAUCUACACGGACAUCCCGCAGCACUCCUUCGUCGAUUCGACCCAGCCCAUCGCGCUGGAGCCCUUCGCUCCGCCCUCCUCCUUCUCUCUCGCCGACCUGCUCACGCGCACGCUCCAUCUUCUCUCCGUCGGCAGCAAAAGCUUCUUCGUCAACAAAUUCGACCGCUCCAUCACCGGACUCAUCGCCUCCCAGCCGAGCUGCGGCCCGCUCUUCCUCCCCGUGGCGGACGUCUCGGUCAUCGCAAAGGACUACCGAUCGCGCACGUCGGGCAUCGCCUUCGCGAUGGGCGAGCAGCCGCUGAAGUCCUUCCACUCCAUCCGGAACAUGGUCCGUCUCUCCAUCGGCGAGGCGCUCACCAACCUCAUCUUCGGCAACAUCUCCAGUUUCGACGACAUCCAUCUCAUCCUCUCCUUCAACUGCGCCGGAAAGCUCCCCGGCGAGACUGCGCGGCUCUACGAGUGUGUCCGCGAGGUGCGCGACACGCUGACCACGCUGGGCUUGGACCUCGUCAACGUGAAGGACUCCGUCUCGAUGGCUGUGCGCAUGGAGGGCGACACCGUGAAGGCCCCCCUGACGCUGGUGGCGACCGCGUUCGCGAACAGCGAGGAAGUCUCCGACCUGGUGACUCCGGACAUCAAGCACUCCGUCCUCAACAGCAAGUUGCUCUUCAUCGAUCUCAACGCCGUCUCCUCCUCGCCCUUCGCUCUCGGCGGCUCCGCGCUCGCCCAGGCCUUCGGCGCGCUCGGAGACGACUCUCCCGCGGUGGAUCUGGCGCUGCUGCAGCGCGCCUUCCGCUACGUCAUGACGCUCAUCAAACAGCACCAAGUCCUCGCCGGACACGACCGCUCCGACGGCGGCCUGGCCGUCACGCUGCUCGAAAUGUGCUUCGCGGGCGACUGCGGCGCGGACAUCGUCCUCCCCGCCGCCGUCGACCCUGUCGGCUUCCUCUUCAACGAGGCGCUCGGAUGGGUCCUCGAGGUCGACGAGGCCGUCUGCGAGCCGCUUCUCCGCGCCUGCCAGGACCACCAGAUCCCCGCGAUGAUCAUCGGAACCACGCAUUCCGAGCGCGUGAUCCGGUUCCGGCAGGGCGACGCGGUGCUGCUCGAGCGCAGCACGCUGGACCUCCGCGAGGAGUGGGAGGCCACGUCCUUCGCGCUCUCCAAGCUCAGCUACAACGUCAAGUUCAUCGAGCAGGAGCACGCGGCGCGGCGGACGAUGGCGGCGCCGCAGUGGCGACUGAGCUUCCUGCCGUCUCCGACGAAGAACGCGCUGCUGACGCGCCGGCAGAAGUUCCGCGUGGGCGUGCUCCGCGAGGAGGGAACCAACUGCGACCGGGAGAUGGUGGCGGCGUUCUACAAGAGCGGGUUCGAGCCGUGGGUGGUGACGGUGAGCGACCUGAUCGAGCGGCGCAUCGACGUGUCGCAGUUCCACGGACUGGUGUUCUGCGGCGGAUUCAGCUUCGGCGACGUGCUGGAGAGCGCGCGCGGAUGGGCGGCGUGCAUUCUGUUCAACGACGUGAUCCGGAAGCAGUUCCAAUGGUUCAUCGAGCAGGAAGACAGGUUCAGUCUGGGCGUCUGCAACGGGUGCCAGCUCAUGAGCCAGAUCAACUAUGUGCCCUUCCGGAUCGCGGACCGCGCCAAACAGCCGCGCUUCAUUCAAAACAAGGCGGGAAAACUGGAAUGCCGCUUCGUGAACGUGAAGAUCGAGCAGUCGAACUCGAUUUUCACGCGGGGCAUGGAGGGCAGCACGCUGGGAGUGUGGAUUGCGCACGGAGAAGGACAGUGCUAUUGGCCCGACGAGGCGGUCAAGCAGCAAGCCUUCGACAAGGGAUGCAUCGCCAUGCGAUAUGUCGAUAAUGAGGGAAACUACUGCGAGGACUAUCCCUAUAAUCCGAACGGGUCGGAGAAUGGAAUCGCGGCGCUCUGCUCGGAGAACGGACAUCAUCUCAGCAUGAUGCCUCAUCCGGAACGACUGCUGACGCGCUGGGCGUGGCCGUACUGGCCGGAGGAGUGGGAGUUCACCGAAUCGCCCUGGCUGAAGAUGUUCCAGAAUGCUCGGUUGUGGUGCGAAGAAAUGUACAAAGAGAGCAAUUGCCGUGUUUGUUGA